CACAUCCGUGACGCAUACGUCACACGAGAGUUUUCCUCAUCUUCGGGCGCAGUAUCAGUUGAUGGCUUGAUGGCCACAAAACGUAUUGUAACAUUAUCACCAUGAGCAGUGCUACUCCUUCUUCUACCAAUAGUAAAACCAUCCCCAACCCACUGGGUGUGCAUGCAUUGACUUGGGUCGGUGGUUGGUCUCAUGAACAAUGCCGUCAUGCCUGUCAACGCACCAAAGAGGCCGGAUUUUCCGUCAUUGAAAUUCCCAUUUUCGAUUCCUUCCAAAUUGAUGUUCCCGAUACCAUCCAAGUAUUACAAGACUACGGAUUGACUGCCACGGUCAGUUUGGGAUUGAAUUUCGAACAAGACAUUAACAAUGAAGAUCCCGAAAUUGUAGCGCAAGGAUUGCAAAUUUUGAGACGAGCACUGGAUAUUGUGCAUCAAUUGGGAGGCACGUACAUGGGAGGUGUCAUUUACUCGGCACUCGGCAAGUAUUCCGUGGCGUGUACUGCCAAGGCAAGAGCGAAUGUGGUGGCAUCUCUCAAAAUUUUGGCACAAGAAGCCGCCGCCAAGGGAAUUACGCUGGGAUUGGAAGCCGUCAAUCGAUACGAAACCAAUCUAUUGAAUACCGUCGAACAAGCCGUGCAACUCAUUCGAGAAAUUGACGAACCCAACAUUCGAGUCCAUUUGGACACGUAUCAUAUGAAUAUUGAAGAGUACGAUCUGGAAUCACCCAUCCUACAGCAUGCUCAGUAUAUUGGCUACGUUCAUAUUGGAGCCAGUCACAGAGGAGGACUUGGCACCGGAAAUAUUGAUUUUGAUCAGUUCUUUGGAGCAUUGGCCAAAAUUGACUACCAGGGAGUCAUCACCUUUGAAUCCUUCUCCUCCGAGAUUGUCGAUGGAACAUUGACCAAAGCUUUAUGUAUUUGGAGAAAUCUGUGGCACGAUAACCUCCAAAUGGCAACAGAAUCAAGGAAGUACAUUGAAGAAAAGAUUCAACAAGCACACAAACGCAAGCGCCAAGCGACAGAGGCGUCGUGGCUACCAACCACAGCCAGCUACGGGUAGCUACCAAAGUGAGUACUGCGCCGGUACUAUAGAAGUAACUGAUAAAAGCUAAUGAGCAACCUUAUGACAUGCUAGUUC